GCAGAAAUUAGUCAAAUGCAUUAUUUAUAGUUUCUAUAGGAAGGAAGUAUAUGAGGAACACAGUACGGAAUUCAUAGUUCAUAAGUAUCCUUUACUUCUCUGAACUUUUUUUGUAUAGUACAUGAACAUUAAGGCCUCCAAUCGAGGUAAUGGCUCUCACCUUUAUAAGCUUGAAAAAGUGUAAAUACUGGAGAAAGCUCCUUAUCACAGUUUCGGCCAUUCAGCCUUUUUCAACAAUAAAAGUAAUUUAAAACAAGGGUGAGGGAGUGUCCAAGCAUCAGCCGGCUCAGCGCACAAACCAGUGUCUGGACGAGAACACAACCUGAUUUGUGCGAUCACGUCUGGAGCAGGCGGCAGGAGCAUGGCUCCCUGACAAAAUCUAAUUGCUGCUCCAGGUACUGUCACCCAAGCAGGGCCUCAUUCACCCAGGUUUGAACUGAAUGACUUAAGCAUGGGACCCAUCACAGUGGGACUAUACAACAUAUAACCACAAAGCCUGAAACGAGACCUGUAACCAGAUUUUGGUGGGCUAGGCCCCCAUCACAGAGGGCCCAUAAAAACUGGACCCACCUUAGGGCCGCAAAUGAGAUCAGCUGUUAUUGUGUUUUAGCUCUGAAUCCCACAUAAAAUAAAUAAGCACAACCUCAUUUUACACAGCGACGGGACGGUUACAAAUAUACGCAAACAUAGCAGUGGUGAACCAAGACUGGAUUUUCUUGGGGAAGCCUGGAUAUCUGAGGACCCUGGGGCAUUGUAUGCUUCGUGAUGCGGCCUUGCUAAUAACAUCAGCAUCAUUUACAUAGUACAGUCUAUGACUAAAAUUGAUACCAUUAAACAAAAUAGUGUGUACAUCUCUAUGUUGACAGACGUCAAAGUGGAACUGUUAUCAGAUUAUUCACACAUCAAUUAUUAGCAAAGGACAACUUGAAACACUUUGUGCCAUCAUGAAAUAACCACCAUCCUAUUCAUUUUGAAUGAGUUCAUAGAUACAGUGACAAGGCAGGUUCACAGGUAUCUGGAGUUUCAACUCAAACUCCAGGUGAAACUCCAGGUGAAACUCUCUCUCUCUGAAACAGAGUGAGAGAGAGCCUCUGCUGUACAGUUAAAGUUCGUUUGGAGAGCUCUCUAUAUUUAGAGGUCCUGCCCACGUAUUCAUAAAAUUGUUCGAGCAGCAACUGGUGAUAUAAAAUAGAAGUACUGACUGUGCACUAACUAAUCUGAACUUCGACAGAUAAAGUAAAAGAUCAUAAACCUGCCUCAAGCAUGCUAAGUGCACGCUCCAAGCGGCCACUUUGUCUUCCAAGAUCACUCGUGUUCACAUCUCACAUCUCGAGCAGGGGUCGCCAUGAAACUGGUGCUUCCUAACCCGGGCCUGGAUCUGCGGAUCCCCAACUUUAAGGAUCUGGAGAGAAUGGAGGAGGAAGGCGCCAGUGACAGGCCCAAGUGGGACAACAAAGCCCAGUACAUCCUGACCUGCGUGGGCUUCUGCAUUGGGAUCGGCAACGUGUGGAGAUUUCCUUACUUGUGUCAAAGUCAUGGAGGGGGUGCCUUCCUGAUACCGUACCUCAUUCUACUGGUGCUGGAGGGAAUGCCGCUCCUGCUGCUGGAGUUCGCCAUUGGCCAGCGUCUGAGGAAAGGCAGUGUGGGAGUGUGGAGGUCCAUCAGCCCUUAUCUGACUGGUAUUGGUAUAGCCUCCAUGCUGGUGUCGUUCUUGGUUGGACUGUACUACAACACCUUAAUAGCCUGGAUCCUAUGGUAUCUCUUCAAUUCCUUUCAAAGCCCACUGCCUUGGACCCAGUGUCCUCUCAACGACAACAGGACAGAAUUUGUAUCCGAGUGUCAAGAGAGCUCCACUGUGGAUUACUACUUUUACCGAGUGACUCUGAACACUACGACCUCUAUAGAUGACUCAGGAGGAAUCCACUGGCCCAUGGUAGUGUGCCUGUUUGCAGCCUGGACGUUCAUCUGUAUCUGCUACAUACGGGGGAUCGGCACAUCAGGCAAGGCAGUGUACGUCACUGCCAUCCUGCCGUACAUAGUGCUGGCUAUCUUCCUGGUCCGAGGACUGACUCUCAAAGGAGCACUGAGCGGAAUUAAGUUCCUCUUCACACCAGACGUUAAUGAGCUGAUGAACCCGACCACAUGGCUGGAUGCAGGUGCCCAGGUCUUUUACGCCUUCAGUAUAGCGUGGGGAGGGCUCAUCUCCUUCUCAAGCUACAACCCUAUUCACAACAACUGCAUGCAUGAUGCCGUGAUCCUGACAGUUAUAACUGGUGCGACCUCGAUCUACGCUGCCACGGUCACCUACACCAUCAUCGGCUUCAGGGCCACUGAGAGAUACGACAACUGUAUCAGUAAAAACAUCAUGACAUUAUUAAACGUAUUCAAUCUUCCUGAGGACAACAUCACUUCCAGCAACUAUGAGGCAGCGUUCAAUCAGCUCAACAGCUCCUAUCCUGACAUUGUUCUUGGACUGGACAUCAAAACAUGUGACAUGCAGACACUUCUCAGUGAGGGAGUGGAGGGAACAGGUCUGGCCUUUAUUGUGUUUACAGAGGCCAUCACCAAGAUGCCUGGUUCCCCCAUCUGGUCUGUCCUCUUUUUCGUCAUGCUCCUCUGCCUGGGGAUCUCAACCCUGUUUGGCAACAUUGAAGGAGUAGUGGUCCCCUUAAAGGACCUGCAUAUGCUUCCUCAAAAUUGGCCCCAAGAAGCCCUAACUGGAACGACAUGUUUUGUCGCCUUCGUCAUCUCGCUCCUGUUUGCGCAGAAUUCAGGGUUUUACUGGGUAACGCUCUUCGACAAUUUUGCUGGAUCAGUUCCACUACUGACUAUUGGCUUGUUUGAGUUGAUCGCUGUGGUUCACGUCUAUGGCAUAGACAGGUUCAAUGAGGACGUGGAGUUCAUGAUUGGACACAAGCCCGGCAUCUUCUGGCAGGUGUCAUGGAGGUUCAUCAGUCCUCUUAUCAUCCUGGUGAUCCUGGUUUUCUACCUGGUGAUCCAAGCUCAAGAGGAACUCACCUAUUUGGUCUGGGACCCAAAUUCUAAGGAGUUUCCAGCUCUGUCAUCAGUACCAUACCCUUCCUGGAUCAAUGCAGCCAUAUUUCUCUUGGCAGGCGUCCCCAGUCUGAUGGUUCCCGUGUAUGCAGUCUGUAAGCUGGUGUUUGAUCGCUGCAGAAAAAACACUGCUUCCUGAAAAUGAGCAAAAUUGUCUUACAGCACACAUGAUGUUUUAGAAUAGAACAGAUGCAUUGUUAUUUAAUUUGUUGUUUUUUUCAUAUGUUAACUUGUUAUGUGAAUAACAUCUGUGUGACAUGUCAGCAUCUAAAACUUUCUACACAUUUUGUUGUAUUAUUGUUUUUUAUUUCAUUUUUAGUCAUUUCUGCAUAUUGCUUGUUUAU